AUGUCUUUGUCUCUGAGGGCCAGUUCGGCCCCAGGUUCGUCGAGGCCGGAUCCAGACCCGGACAGAGAACUGCCUUUUCAAGUCCUAGCAGAAAGUAGAAAGACGCAGCCCUCAGAUGUCCAUAACCAGGGCAUCCCAGAUGAACUGCUGGUCAGCCUCACCUCCACGAUCUGCAACAGAAACUCACUGGCCCAUAAUGCACAUCACCGACACUGCAAGGGGUGUGGAUUCAGACGACCAGAUGCUGUCUGGCAUCAUCCACUCGGACGGAAGAAAUACAAAUACUUUCUCGAACAGCCACCGUCCCUGACUGGAGCUGGCAGGGACAUUUCAUUCCUGUGUGACGCUUCCACAACUCAGAGGAAGACGUUCCUCCCACCACUCACUGACAGGAUUAGCAAUGAGUUUGAUAAUAACAGAAGCUCCUCUGUCCUCCAGAACUUAAGUGUCUCAGACAGUCUGGUUCCAGAAGAAUACCAUAUUGUUAAAAACAAAGGUCUGCAGAGCCUGGAGUUCUAUGAGGAUGCGUUCACAGUCCAACUGAAGGAUGAUGAGCAGAGGUUACGGGUUUUUCCUUCACUGAGGCCCAGUGGCAGACAGGAAGUGAUGCAACUGAUGAGGAUGAUGGACGACAUGUUGGAAAAGGCUGGAGUGGAACAGCAGAUGGAGGAACUGAAUGAACUGUCCCAGAUGGAGGGUCUGUUGGACUUGGUGAGGGCUGAGCAAAAUAUCUACAAUAUUGUUUUCCAUGAGGUGAUCAGACAGGUCAGUGUGGGCUGUGUGGAGAGAGGACAACUGUUGGCCAAACUCAGACAGCGUUACCAGUCCCUCCUGGAGCGAAUCCCCCACCGCCUGAAGGCUCUGCACACUGAGGUGGUGGCUCAGAGGGCUCUGGACCGCCAGCUGACCACAGAGAUCCACCGCAUCAAGACAUCCAUGCAGCAGCUCAGCGUAGAACUGUCCAGGAUCAGAGAACACGACGCCUUUGUUUCCCAGCAGGCCGAGCGUGCACACCAGCAGCUGGAAGAAGCACUGAGUCACACACACAACAACUCAGAUGUGGUUCAAGGUUACCACGAGCUCUAUGAACUUCAGAGGAGUCGCCUCGAAGCUCAGCUGCUUCAGAUGACUGAGGACAGAGACUGUUGGAGUCAGCUGACCUACAGCCUCGCCCUUAAGGUCAUCAGUGUGAAGAAACUGCAUCUGGUCAGCCAGUUGCAUGCGAGUGAACAGACGUGGUAUAAGGCAGCAGAACACUGCAGCAUGUACCUCGGCUCAAAGGACACUGAAGACCUCAAAGACCUCGUGGGGCUUAAGGACAUGUGGAAAGAAGAGCUGACGGCUUUUAUGUCCCGCAUGAAGAAGACGGACUAUGCUCACUGUGAACAGAUCAGCGCCAUCCACCAAGGUGUCGCCAAGUGGCCCGCUAUCUGCACCACCUACAAAAAGUCACCUGACCCAGAAUAUGCAAGAGCUGCUGUGGAAGAAAUACAUGCUGAUCUGAAGCAGUGGGUUCAGGUGUUGGCUCUACAGACUGAACGCUACCAAGGUGAGGAGCUACUGUGUUGUCAGCAGACACUGGGGAAGCUCAGUGUCAUCCAGGAGAAGUGGCUGAAAAUCAGUGGUCAGUUGUUAAGAAGACACUCGACUUCCAACAGCGCCCCCUCUGGACACGCCCACACCCUCAGCAAACUCGACAGCGUCAUGUCAGAACUCCAGAAAAAACUGAACAACCACGUCAAUGGAGAGAACGGGAUCCACAGUCACAUCAUGGCACUAGUUGGGUUGGUGGACUCCUGGAUCACAAACCUUACCGAUAUGAUUAAAAACAAACAGACAAUGCCUGUCUUAGACUGGACAAAGCUGGAGAAAACACUGGGAAAGUGGCACAGUUUGGCAGAAGACGCUUUACAGAAGAUCUCAGCCCUGCAGAUAGGAAGAAAAAAAGACACAAACAAACCUGACCUCUUUACAGAGACAGAGCAGGUUCUGGACAAAGUUCAGGAGUUUGUGACCAGCCUGUCCAGCUUCAUUGACAGUGAGAACCACACACUCAGGGAGGAGAUCACUUCCAUUCACGUGGCUCAGACUCACUGGAUGUUGAACCUGUUGCUCCUCAUGGUUCCCGACUACGAUGAAGACCAGGAUCCGGGUCCAUUAAACCGAUACAAUACCGGCAUCUCAGCGCAACAACUGGAGGAGGACGCAAAGGUGUUAUCAGACAAACUGGACUUUUACACUAAAUACUUUACCAGCUCUUGUCAGCUAAUUGUGGAGGAGCAGAUUGUGAAGAGUCCACUUCAAGUUACAGCUGAAAAUGAGAUGCAUGAGUGUAGAAAGCUGCAGACAGAGUGUAUGGAAUGGGUGGAAACCAGUAUAAUCCUCCUGUCGGGUGUAAAAGAUGGUCCUGUUCAUCUGUCUGUCAGAACCCCUGAUCCAACCCCCAGGACUAAUGCUCCAGUGUCUCCAUCAGACCAUACAGAGACACUGGUGAAUGAAGAAAUAACAGCAGAGGACGAUGGUGUUGAUGAAACUGAGGCCGAGCAAAAAGAGAACCCUGAAGUGACACAUGAACCAGAAAACAUUUGUCAGGGGGAGCUAAUGGACCAUGACAGCCCCACAGUGGAGAUAAUUGACAGUGAUGGAACCAUUGUACAAAAAAAACUGGGCGAGAGUAAAGUCCGACUGACUGGGACUGCAGACAUGGUUCUGACUCCAGUGACAGCAGAAUCUCAGAAGGCCUUGGCUGAUCUGGGAUCAGUUGGAUUACUUCAACAGCAGCUGCAUGAUUCAGAGGUUCAGCUCCAGAACGCAGAGCAGAGAGCCCUGAAGGCCCAGGAGGAUCUGCAGGAAGCCCUGGAGAAGAUCCAGGACCUGGAGAGACAGCUGCAGGGACGGCCCAGUUUAGAAGCACACCAGGAACCGCAAGUUGUAAAAAAUGACAAAACACCAGAACCUCCGCCACCGCCGGUGACAAAACCAUCCCCUCCAAAGAAAACCCCUGAGGCGAAACCAACGAGCAGCCACAAACGCACCAAGAAGCGCUGAUCUGAACAGUAG